AUGGACCAUUUGGGCACCAGAAAGAAGAUCGGAACCACCAGGGAGGUUUGUAAGAUGUUCUAUGCACUUAUGGGAGCCCACAAACUGGACAGUGACGUCUUCUCGGUCCUGCGGCUGUGGGAGUGGUUCAUCGCCCUAUCCAAUCAGGAUCUGGGCAGCGCUGACAAGUAUAAGGGACUGGAGGAGACCGCCUGUGAUUACGAGUGCGACAAGGAUGUCCCUGGGCCCUACCUUCGCAUGCGCUUCGAGGAGUCAGAUGAUGGCAUCUACCGUUGGAGACAGAACAUCGCAGAGGAGAAGAGGUCCGAGAUCAAUGGGGCUGGUGGAACAGGCGUGUCUGGCACAGCAGACGUGCUGCAGGCUAGCGAGGAUAUGGGCAUGGACUUGGAGGAAUUGAUGCUCAGGGGCCGCAAUGUCCGGAAAUUGGUGAGCAUCAAGCACUCCAUUGAGCAGACACCGCCAUACUACUUCCUUCGCGAAGAGGAGCAUGAGGAGACGGACGAGAAGGGUUCGGUCGUGAUGGUCACGUGCCUGCAUGUAUGGUACAAAACCUUGCAGGGCGAGGUCUACUAUCGGCGAUCAACCAAAGGAGGAGGCCUUGCAGAGGAAUAUUACCAGGGGAAGAAGUACAUCCUCAGCUACUCCGAGUCCAAGAAGACCUUUGUGUCGGGAGUCAUGGCCGGCUGGGCGUGUCCUCGCAAGGUUGUCACCUGGCUGUUGGAGAACCGCAGCCUAUCGGAUCUCAUCGAAGGCCGGCGGAAGGGUCGCAAGCGGGGCAACGACUGGAAUGAGUCUAAAGUCACCACUCUGGAGGAUGGAGCAGCAGAGUUCUACCAAAAGUGUGAGACGAUCACCGUGAAGGCGCUUUCCUACGCGGAAGAACGCAAGGAGUGGGUGCGGACGGCCUCGAGCACCAAUCUGAAGUCUGAUGAAGAUGGGAUUCCCUGCGAGGCGAUCAUGGCCAUCACGCCCUCUGAGGAGGCCAGUGCCGGCAUGGCGAGCAGCCUCAAGACGCCAGCCUCCGUGAAGCUUCUGUUCCCGAGUGCUACCGGCACAGCUCUGGCAGAAAUAGAGCAACAGACAGAUCACUGCUUCAAGCGCCCGCAGUACCUGGCGGAGGCCCUGACGCAUUACUCCGCACAGUCAAGGGCCGUGCGCUCGAAGGGACACUUGGUUUUGGUGGGCGAGAUUGCGAUGGAACAUUACGUCUCGGACAAGGUCGUAAAAGAGGCGAUGUUCUUCGGAUCCCAUCUCGUGGUCGGCCAGAAAGAGGGCCAGCCGCUUUCGAAGACCUUUGCCACCCCGAAAGGAUUGCCGCCUCCCCGAGCACCCCCGCCAACCGAAGAGAAUCGCGGAGGUGUCGACAACGUGAUUGCUCUGGAUCGGCGAAUCUGGGUCUGCUGCAACCACGUCAGCUACGCAGCUAGAUCCAUCUUAACCGGGCUCCACGAAUCCAUGAACAAAGACUCCAGGGAGCUGGAGGAGGCCAUCAAUCGCUUCGCCAAGGAGUUCGAGAAGGGGUCACAGCCCAAGGAUCAGAAGGAGCGAAACGUCAAGUGGCAGCAGCUCUUCAAGUCAGGAGCGCCGAAGGCUUUUUGUGACGUCUUCUUGGCCGUGAUCGGUGCCAUUGCCAUGGAUUCGGAUUACUUCGAGGCCGAGCAGCUGAUGCUGCAGCACUACCAAGACAGUGAGCGGAUCUUCGACAUCAUGAAAGACCGAGAACAUCUGGUGUUCCACAAGUGGUCUGUAGGCAAUGAGAAGAUUGUGACUAACGAACUGCAGAUCACCGCUCGACUUUUCACCCCAAGAGGGCCGCCAGCUCCAAACGGAUUUGUGGCCGAGCCCCCGAUCCUGGCACCGAAGGGUGUCAGCUCGCUUCUGCCACGCUCUGGGCCGAUGAAUGCGUGUGCACCCUGGAAGGACAAUGUCGACGAUUUCGCCGCCGUCUACGAACCUCUGUCAAAGGACGGUGCUUUCAUUCCGUUCCGGCCGCGAGCUCCAGAGGACAUGCAGGAACCGCUGAGUCUGGAGAGGUCACUGGUCCGAUACGUGCCAGUCGCACCUCCGAGGGUCCGCCGGCUCGUCUCCGCGGUCAGGAGUAGAGAAGCUUUAAAGCAGCGAGAGAUGGAUCGUCAAGUUCUCCCUCUUGCAGAUGCAAAGAAUGUGGAGGACGAAUACCAUGAGAAGUGCCUGGACGACGCAGGUCCAGGCUAUGCCGUGGAAAUCAAGCAAGACGUCGACACCGAGGCAGAAGAUUCCGAGGUGAGCACUGCCGAAGUCUUCAACGAUGCUCGGCCGACAUUUAGGGACUACAGCCGCCAGGCGCCUGACGGCUGUGUCCACUUGAUAGUUCCUUCCAAAGGACCCUUGUAUUCUCACGAUGAGCCGCCAGACUUUUUGCAACUUCCUGAGCCCAUCAAGCAGCGGACAGCUGGUGCUGCCCGUGUUGCAGCUGCUGCGAGGGCGUGGGCGGCGGCAUCUGCUCAUUCGCAUCCCCAUGGGCGGCAGGAGCAGUUACCAGCCACCGCUCGGGGCGUUCCCUCACCACAGCAUGCAGCUAUCGCCGAAGAGCUCAACUUCCGAGGUCCAGGUCCUGUGCCUCAGUUCGGGACUUCGGCCCGACCCUCCUCGCCUCAGGCGGAUCCUGGCCGACAGAGCCAGGUGGAGACUCGCCAGGCAGUAGCCGGACCAGCUGUGCUGGCGCUUCGCCGCAUGCGGAACCAAAUGUCGGCACUAGCAGAAGGGCGCCUACCUUGGCACUUCUCGCGCGAUCGGCAGAAUGAGGAGGCAGGAGCGGAACAUGUGCCACACCCACCGCAGCAGCCCCCAAGCGGUCAGAGGAGGCCGUUGCUACCCAACCUGGGCCGGGUCGUUGGUUCAGCCGCAGGCACUCCGGCGGCACCUGUGCAGAAUCAAGGUUCUGCAGCCGAUGGACUGCAGAUGCAGUCCCUGGUGCCGGCGCCACCAAGCCAGCCAAAGCCAACGUCCAAUUCUGCCAAUAGUCGCUUCUGGAGAAGGCCUUGGCCGAGGAUGAACAUCAUGGGCACGCUCGGCUGGGGUGGGAGCGGCGGAAGUUCCAGCGGCGCCUCAUCCUCUCAAGCUCCUGCCUCGUCGGGAGCAGCUUCUAGUUCUGCAGGUCCCACACUGCAGGGAGAACAGAGCAGGCCGGGGACGCAAGCCACGAACAGUGUUCCGGGGCAGCGCCACGCGGUGCAGGACCCGACGCCCUCCAGUGGUAGCUCGGCCAUGGCCAGCCCUCCAUGA